AUGGCUGCCUCCACUGACUUGAAGCGGUUGCGGUCCGCAAGCUUGUGCAAAGCCGAUGGACGAAUUUCAAGGAACAAGAUAUACUUUACAAGCUCUUUACUUCUGCUCUCUCUGUUCGUUUGGUUCUACUUUCCCUACAAGGCUUCUAUUCCCAGAUUCACAGGUGGCCGGGAUGACUUUCGACCCCUCUCGGAUGCACCAUUUGCAAAAACUAUCGACCUACCCAUUGACCAUUUCAACCAAUCAGACACUCGGACAUUCACGAAUCGAUAUUGGAUGAACGAUACCUACUACCGGAGAGGUGGGCCUGUGUUCUUCUUCGAUGGAGGCGAAGCUGGUCUUAACGAUCGAGGAGCCGCUCAAAUGCUUGGUGGAGAUGUCGUAUUUGCACCGUUGGAGCUUGCACGAAAGUACCAUGGAGUUGCUAUUAUUUGGGAACAUCGUUUCUUUGGAGGAAGUAUGCCAUUUCCCUCAAACCAAACAACUGGUAUUGCCAAUGCCGGAUAUAACGCCUAUAAAUUCUUGAACAACGAACAGGCCUUGGAAGACGCAGCAUACUUCGCUCAACAUUUCCGACCAAUAGGCCAUGAAAAGGACGAUAUGUCUUCGAAUUCAACUCCUUGGAUUGCUAUCGGCGGAAGCUAUGCUGGCAUUCGAGCAGCAAUGCUCAGAUCACGCAAUCCCGAGAUCUUCUUUGCAAGUUGGCCUUCCAGUGCACCAGUGCAGACUCAAGUGGAGAACUCGGAGUAUUACAAUACCAUUGUGGAAACGAUUUCCAAGAACUGCUCAACUGAUAUGCAUGCUGCUAUCACGUAUGCAGACGAAAUCCUCUUUCGCGGAACAGAGGAUGAAAUUGCUCUCCUCAAACGAGCACUUUUCCUCACGAACAAUGCCAGUGUUGGGUCGUUUUGCGACUACCUCGAAACCUGGAAUCCUAAUAACGCCCCUGAAUUCUCUUUCAAAUCUCCCCUCUCAAUCUUGGCAGACAACUCAUUCGAUGCAAAACCCACCACAGACGGAGUGAAAGCCAAGCAUGGUCCCAAAUCUGCAUUCUACGCUUUCAUUAGUGCAACGAUUCAAGUUUCGAAGACUUUGCCAGGAUCCCCUUCUCGCCAAAUUGGUAGCAUAUCAGAUAGAGUCUCGUGGACUUGGAUGUUAUGCAAUCAGUUUGGACAGUUCCCAGUCUCGCAAUAUCCUUCACCAACAUCGAUCAUAUCUCGCUACAACAACAUUACCUCAUUUCUCGAGAAUUUCUGUCACGGUACAUUCCCAUAUACCCCUGAUCAACCAAAAGUUUUGGAAAUCUUGAGAUAUAGAGGCUGGAAUAUGCGACCGAGCAACGUUAUGUUUACAAACGGCGAGAUAGAUCCGUGGAGAGCAUUGAGUAUACAAUCGUCUAAGAAUAUCCACCCGAAUGCGCCGGAUAGGAAAACUACGCAAGUUGUGCCGGCGUGUAACUCACCACCUCCAAGAAACGAAGUCUUUGGUCUUGUGCAUAAGGAUUCAGUUCACGUGGGUGAUUUAAGAAAGAGGAGGGAAGAUCCUCCAGGGCCCGUGGACAAAGGCUUCGAGCUCUUCAGCAGAGCACUGGAUGUAUGGCUACCUUGCUUUCACAGAGAGAAGGCCCGAGAAACUUCAUCAAACGAGCCAUGA